AGGCAACUUCAAGUAGAUCUUUUACUUGAGUUGUAAAUUUGAUCUUACUCAUAGGAAAACCUGGGGUUAAACGCAAGUUUUCUCCUUCAAAGAGCUCAGCAGCUACCCUUUUCAAGAACAGAAACUAUGAGGUGUCCAAAAGGAGUUGAAAUAACUGGUGAAAUAAAGCCAGAGUACGUUCAGAUUCUAUCCUAUGAAGCUCUGGAGUUUUUAGCUGAUCUACAUCGCAGUUUUAACUACCGGAGGAGAAAGCUGCUCAGAAAACGGCUUGAGAUUCAAGAAGAAAUCAACAGUGGCCAACCAAUCAAAUACCCCGAAGCACGUCAUGAAAAAGACUGGAAGGUGGCAGCAGUUCCUCAUGACCUGCAGAUGCGACAUGUUGAGAUCACUGGGCCUACUGAUCGUAAGAUGGUCAUCAAUGCCUUAAACAGUGGUGCCGACAUGUACAUGGCUGAUUUUGAAGAUUCACUCACUCCUUCUUGGAAAAAUAUUGUUGAGGGGCAAAUCAACCUUUUGGAUGCCAACAGGAAGACCAUUAGUUUCACUAAUGCUGAUGGUUCAGAACGUCGUUUGAAGGACAAGACAGCAUGUCUGUUAGUUCGUGUACGUGGUUGGCAUCUGGAUGAGAAGCAUAUCCUGUGUGAUGGAGAACCCAUGUCUGGAGCGCUGGUAGACUUUGGUCUGUACUUUUUCCAUAACGUCCAUGUAAGACUUGCCAAUGGUUCUGCUCCUUACUAUUACCUUCCUAAAAUGGAGACUCACCAAGAAACAAGGCUGUGGAAUGAUGUGUUCAAAUCAGCCCAGGAUUACAUGAAAGUGCCUCAAGGAACCAUCCGUGCUACUGUUAUGGUAGAAACUCUGCUCGCAGGAGUUAACAUGGAAGAAAUGCUUUACGAGAUAAGAGAGCAUUGUUGUGGAAUGAAUGCAGGAAGAUGGGACUACAUAUUUUCAGCAAUUAAAAGAUUCUCAAGGAAACCCGAUUGUGUCUUACCUGAUCGUAAACAGAUAUCAAUGAUGGUACCAUUCAUGCGAUGCUAUACAGAGCGCCUUAUCCAAGUAUGCCAUCAGCAUGGUGCUCAUGCAAUGGGUGGAAUGGCUGCUUUCAUUCCAAGUCGAAAAGAUGAGAAUAUUAACAAGAUGGCUUUUGAAAAGGUUCGUCAGGACAAGGAGCGUGAAGUGGCUGAUGGCUUUGAUGGAACUUGGGUGGCACAUCCUGAUCUUGUACCUUUUGCAAAGGAGAUCUUUAUGAAGGGUAUGCAGGGUGCUAGUCAUCAAAAGCAUCGUCUACGUGAGGAAGUGAAUGUCAAGGUUGAAGAAAUCCUUUCAGUUUCAGUCCCACAAGGAUCCAUUACAGAGGAAGGAGUCAGAGUGAACAUCAGUGUCGCACUGCAGUACAUGAACAGCUGGCUGUCGGGUGUUGGGGCAGCAGCUCUAAACAACUUGAUGGAAGAUGCGGCCACAGCUGAAAUUUCACGAGCUCAACUAUGGCAGUGGUUGCGUCAUGGUGUGCGGCUUGAAGAUGGUCGUCCAUUCACCUCUGAGCUGUACAAGACAAUGCACAAAGCAGAAAUAGAUAAACUUGGAGGAGCAUCAAAAGCUCGCUUAGGGCAGGCUUCCCAGCUUUUGGAUAAGUUGGUUCUGUCUGAGGAGUUUAUAGAGUUCCUUACAAUCCCAGCAUAUGAGCUGCUGGAUAACCCCUCAGCCAAACUGUAACAGAUUAUUAACUGGAACAUUUUUCUCCAGCUCUACUUCUCAGUCAUGGGGUUAUGUUCAGAAUAGUUCAGGAAUAAUCCAGUGUUACCUUGUCUCUAGGGCAUCGGAUGCGUUAAAAAGAUUAUAUGAACCAGUGAACAGAUGCAAAAGACUAGUGGCAAUCAGAUGAAUGUUGAAUUUAAUUUUGACCUUUGUAAAAGAACAUCGUGUUAGCAAUUAUAGUUAUGGCUAAGCAGUUAAUAAUAUUGUUCAUGUGAUGAAGUGGAAGAAUAGUACAUUGUUCAUCUGUCAAGAGUGAAAUAUUGAAAUAAAGCAAAAUGUUGACAAAACAA